AUGACCAAGCUCGUUCUUGUGGCUUCUGCCGCUACUUUAGUCUUUGUUGCCGGUACCGUUUUCGUGCUCGGAGGACUCUUGAGCCGUCUCAAUGGACUCGAACAAAACGUAGAGAAGCGUAUCUCUGAUUUCAGAGAUAUUUCCACCGAGACCUGGAGCCUUAUCAUGACUAAGCACCUUAAUCCAUCUGGAACUUCUGAGACUGCUCCAGAUUUCCGUACUUUGUUCGGCCGCAAGAAACGUAGCUCUGGAGGUGCUUUCGACCAAUGCAACUGCGGACCUCGCUCUGAGGGUUGCCCAGCUGGACCACCAGGACCUCCAGGAGCUCGUGGAGAACCAGGAGAGCCAGGACCUGACGGAGUUGACGGACAUCCAGGAGCUCCAGGAGUUGUUGUUGCCGUUACACACGAUAUCCCAGGCGGUUGCAUCAAGUGCCCAGCCGGACGUCCAGGACCACGUGGAUUACCAGGAUCUGUUGGACCAGCUGGACCAGCCGGAAGACCAGGACCAGCAGGACCACUCGGAAACCCAGGACCAGCUGGACCAGCUGGACCACAAGGAGACGAAGGACGCUCCGGAAUCUGCGGACAACCAGGAAGACCAGGACCACGCGGAGAACCAGGAACCGACUACAGACCAGGACAACCAGGACGCCCAGGACCACCAGGACCACGUGGACCUCCAGGACAAGACGGAAAGCCAGGAGCUCCAGGAAGCGACGGUCAACCAGGACAAAAGGGAACCUCUGGACGUCCAGGAACUCCAGGACACCCAGGAAAGAACGGAGAAUGUGGACCACGCGGAGAAGACGGUCAACCAGGUUCCGAUGCCGAAUACUGUCCAUGCCCACCACGUGCUUAA